GUUUUAGCGGACUAAGCUAUGAUGGAAAAAACCGAAUUUCAACAGAAAUUGUUGCAAUAUGGAAUCGAUGGGAUGAUGGGUGCCUGCAUUGCUGUAGGAACAAGGCUUCGUUUGUUUGAAGCGCUAGCUAAGGUCGGAAACCAAAGCAACCCGGCUACUCCCGCUCAGGUCGCAGACGAGAGCGGAUGCAAGGAAAGGUACGUACGUGAGUGGCUAGCUGCUUUGGGAACUGGUGGUAUCAUAUCUGUAACGGAAGAUGAAAAAUUCUUCAUCAAACAAGAGGACGUGAAAGAUCUGACGUGCACUCCCGAGUUGCUUUCGAUCUCAUUCUUGCCUAAUUUUCUCAGACCGUACGAAAAACUUUGCAGCGUAAUAAAGAAAGAAGGCCCUCCAGGUUUGGACUACGCCGAUUACACAACGGAAUGCUUCGAAGUGAUAGACAGACUCAGCGAAGCACUCCACAAGGAUCAUCUUGUCACUGACUUCAUUCCUGCACUUGGACCGGACAUGAAGGAAAGGCUGGAGAAAGGUAAAAUGCUUUGUCUGGAUAUCGGAUGUGGUAAAGGACUCCAUGCAUUUCAUUUGGCUCAAUGCUUCCCAAACUCCAAAUUCAUAGGGAUUGACUCAAGUUUCGAUGCAAUUCGCUUAGCCAAGAAGAGAAGAGAUGAGAACAGCAACAAAAUCGACAAUCUGUAUUUUAUGCAAAUGAAUGGCUCCAAAAUGGAUCCUUCAUGGAAUAAUGCUUUUGAUAUGGCCAUGAUCUUCGACGCAUGUCAUGAUCAGACGAGACCUGAUCUGUGUAUGAAGGAGAUAUACCGUGUGCUGAAGCCUGGAGGAGUUUUCGGAAUGGUAGAGAUACAUGGAACAUCUAGCAUUUACCAGGAUAAAAAGGAAGACGGAGCGAUGGCGGCUAUGUAUUAUGGAUAUUCGCUGCUUCAUUGUCUUCCAGUAGGCAGCAACUCUGAAGAUGCCCUUUGUCUUGGUGCGAUGUGGGGAGACAAGCGAGGUCUGGAACUACUCAAAGACGCUGGUUUCAGCGAGGUUACUGUGCAGAAUCCACCCUAUUUACCGCAUUCUGCGUUGUAUAUUUGUAAAAAGUGAUGAGAUUUUUUUUGCUUUCAGUUAGUGAAUUAGAAAUACUUGCACUUAUCUAUAUAAGUUAUUGCUGCCGUUGAGUAAAUCUCAGAAAUACG